AUGAGUUUCGAGUGGCCCUGGCAGUACAAUUUUCCUCCGUUUUUUACGCUUCAACCCAAUGUGGACACAAGACAAAAACAGCUGGCGGCCUGGUGUUCACUGGCGUUGGCCUACUGUCGCCACCAAAAGCUCUACACGCUGGACGUGAUGGAGGCCCAGGAGAGCCCAGUCUUCAACAACCGCAAAAUUGAGCGAAAACUGUCUAUGGAAGCCAUUCAAGUGGUAUUUGAGGAGCUAAGGAAAAAAGGAAACCUAGAGUGGCUGGACAAGAACAAGUCGAGAUGUUUGGUGAUGUGGAGGCGGCCUGAGGAGUGGGGCAAGCUCAUGUAUCACUGGGUGUCAAAAAACGGGAUGAACAACACUGUAUUUACGCUGUACGAGCUGUCCAACGGCGACGACACAGAGGGUGAAGAGUUCCACGGCCUGGAGGAAUGGAUGCUGCUACGGUCGCUGCAGGCACUGCAGACGGAAGGCAAAGCUGAAAUCAUCAGCAUGGAUGACGGCAAAGGCGUCAAAUUCUUUUGA